GGGAGUACCAGAGUGAGGAGAGACAGAGAAGCUGAAGACAGCAGCGGUGUGCAGGGCGCAGAAUGCAGGCUGGUCACUGACUGCUGCUGCUGGACCGAACACACACACACUCACACACAUGCAUGGUCACACACACCUCUGAGGAGUGUAUGAGGCAUGCACACGCUGCUGCCUAUGGACACAAACACACUGGCAGGGCACCAGAGAGGAAAUACAGCGAACCCCCGAGCCUGAGGAGAUAUGGAGAGCAGCAUGUUCUUUGGUAACACAUGUCAAAAUGGCCUCUUGCCUACCCUGAUGCGUCCAACCUUGCCUGCUGUCCAGACCUCGCUGGGCAUGAAGCAGUUCCUCCCGUUUCCCUUGGACACGGCCUCAGCGGUCAGCCUUUUCCCAGGAUUCAACGCGAUGGACCCGGUGCAGAAAGCCGUCCUCCAUCACACCCUCGGCAUCCCUCCCACAGCCAAGAGGAAGCAUGUGUCCUGCAGCGUCUGCCAGCUGAGGUUCAACUCACAGAGCCAGGCCUUGGCCCACUACAAGGGAACCAAACAUGCCAAGAAGCUAAAAGCCCUGGAAACCCCGAAGAGUAAGCUCAAAGGCUCAGCAGUCACCAAGGAAACCGCCAACCCAGAGACCGCCAAGGGCAUCAACACCUUGCAGGUCCCCAACUGCACUGACAGGAAAGACGGUACCUCUGGAACAGCAACACCUUUUCUGAUCAGAUCAGCGAACCCCAUGGUGACGCCAGCCGUAUCCCCACCUGAACCAUUAUGCUCUUUAAAAGCGCCAGGUGACUCAGCAGACUCAGAGACUACCUCGGCUUCUCACGGAGAGGAAAAGCUGUCAAAGACGAACUCACCCUCAGAAACGGAUGUGGACCACGAGGGUGAAGCCGAGACGGAGACCGGGACGGAGACCGACGCAGAGACGGAGGAGGAGAAAGCCCGGCGCCUGCUUUACUGCUCGCUCUGCAAAGUGGCGGUCAACUCGGCAUCCCAGCUGGAAGCUCACAACAGCGGCACAAAGCACAAGACGAUGCUCGAGGCCCGGAGCGGCGUGGGCUCCAUCAAGUCUUUUCCCCGACCGGGAGUCAAAAGCAAAUUGGCCUCAUCCACCAAAUCAUCAACGGGCCUGCAGAACAAAACCUUUUACUGUGAGACGUGUGAUGUGCAUGUCAAUUCAGAGACUCAGCUAAAGCAGCACAUCAGCAGCCGGCGUCAUAAAGACCGAGCAGCAGGUAAACCAGCCAAGCCUAAGUACAGCCCCUACAGCAAACCCCAGAAAGGCCAGACCAAACAGCCGAUUAAGCUGAUAUUAGGAAAGGAACAUCAGUGUCGACCCCUGACGGCUCAGAUCCUUCCGGCUCACCUGGCAGCAGUGGCUGCCGCCGCCAUCGGGAACUCCUUCACGCACCGCACAAACCACGGCGCCAGCCCGACGCCCAGACCCGCCCUCUUCCAGACUCAGACGCUCCCUGCUGCACUGCUCCGCCCGGCUCCCGGGCCUAUCAGGACCUCUCAUCCACAAGUCCUCUUUGCCCCCUACUGAACCCCCCACCAUGUCAUCCGGAGUCAUUUCAGCCUCCUACUAUGCAUCUUCAUGCCAUGUUGGAACCGUCAGCGCUCACCUCCCCUCAUUUGGGUUAUUCAUUGAAAGCUGUGAAGCAACAGGAGCUUCUUGUGCUGGAUUUAUUUCUCUGGUCCCGACUGAACAAGCUUUCUGUGCCAUGGCUUACGUGACGGACCGACCCGGACCUACAGUACAUCAUACCGCAAUAAUGCAUAAGACUAACCCUGUGAACUAUGCAGUGUUAUUACAUCUUGAUUGGUAAAUAUAUGGUUGGGGAUCUAGUGCAUGGCACUAAAAUCUUUGCUGUCGUGGAAGAACAUUGUCACUCAUAAAUUAAACAGGUCGUUACUGGUACUGAGAGCUGGAGUAGCCCUCCUCUGUUCCUGUAUGCACUUUAAGCUCUUUCUCUGAUGUCUACAGUAGAUGGUUAGACUGUGUUAGAUGGUUACUGUGUGUCGUAAUGUGCUUUUUUUUUUUUUUUGCAUUUGUCUCUGCAUAUCUUUGUCUGUGGGAGAGUGUUGGUCCGUGUGUGUGUGUGUGUGAGUCUGUGAGAGUGUGUGUGUGGGAGAUAUUUUUAUCCAUCGUAUGCCGUUCCAGUUGUUAUCCAGCACCCACCGUCGCCGACUGUCUCCGGCCAGAGGGACCACAAAAGCUUGUUGUGUUAAUUGUUGUGUAAAAGAUGAACAAUUUCAAAUAAAAGAAUCCUAAUUUGUUA